ACAGAAGACGAUAUACAUGUUGGAAAACUGGAAGUCGUUGAUCACUUCGUCAAGGAAAUAAAUCUGAAUGAAUCAAAUCAUGAGCAGAAGAAAGUAAAUAGCAGGCAUCAGGUCACAUCAGACAAGUUUUCAUCUCUACUAGUGUCAGUAGGCAGUGCUGAGGAACUGUCCUCAGAAUCAACCUGUACAGGCCUUGAAAAUCAGGAUGAAAGAUUAUUACUAAAUGGUAUAUUUAAUGAGGAGGAAUCGACAAAGUCUUUUCAGGAGGCUUUGAUUCAGUGGAGAAAAGGUAAUUGUGAUCACAGAGAAGAACUGCAUGCCAGUGAGGUCCUAUCAGAAUCUGUGGGAAUUUGUGAGGUACAGACCAAUCUUACUGUUAUGAAGGAACCUAUCCACAUUGAAUUCAAGAAGGAUGGCAUGAGCUACAUGGAGAAACUCUUGCUUAAGAAAUACAGAAGAACUCCUGUUGAUCAAAUUUCUGGUAGUUGUGUUAAACAUUUAAGGCCUGUGCAAACCCUGAGUGUACAUCAGGAUGUGACUGGAGAAGGGGGAGAAGGAGAUGAUGAUGUCGAUGACUUAACAGUUGAAGAGGUGAAGAGAUAUUGGACAUCUGUUUUUAGAGAGACAGUACUCAACAGUAUUUCUGAAAGUGCAGAGUCCUCUCUGAAAAUUGAGUUUCUUGAUGAUUCUUAUGGCAACAACUUGGAAGAAUCAUCUAACUUUUUGGUGAUGGAAGCUGGAGCUGUAGGAAUGAGUAAGCAAGGAAAAGCUGAACCACUGAAGCAGUUUGGAAGGUAUCAGUUGGUUGCAGAUCAGAAUGACACAGUACCAGACCUUUUGCCAAGAGAAAACAUAGGCAUAAUGUGAAAGUCAUCUUGUCAUUCAACUUCCACUGCUGACACUCAAUAUUUUUAACCUUUUCCUUUUGACAGAAAUCCUGUUUCUUCUAAAGAAAUUUCUCAAGAAAACAUGGUUGUCUGCAGUCUUGAAAGACAUGCCGUGCAAAAGGAGAGUAUUAAACUAAAGACUAUGAGAUCACUUAACUCCUGUAAACUACCUGAGAAGAUUUCUAACCCUACUGAACUAAUGAGCAAUGAAUAUCUCCUUGAGACACAACUGCAGCAAACCAGUAAAGAUUCACAAGAACUGGACAGUGUCUGCAAUAGCCAGAAUUUGGUUUUGCCUGUAAUUACAAAGACUUCAGUGUUACAGGAUGUAGCCAAAAGACAGAAAUCUGUUUCUACACGAUAUCGGGGACUUGAAGGUUUCUUUGUUGUAGGUGCAAACCCUGAACAAGUAAUGCCCGACGCAAGUUCUUCACUGUGUGCUGACUCUAGCCCUAUGGACAGUAGUAUCCUGUUUCCAGAAGAUGGCAAAUGGGUUACUGAAAGGAGCUUAAGUGAAUACGCUGAUGACUCAGUAGUUCAAGGUGUCUUAGGAAGUCGGUUGCAUAGACCUUCAAGUGGUUUGGAGACUCAGAAUAGAAUUUCUCCUCUGAUGGUAGCGUGGAGGUCAUACCCAGGGAAUGAUUCUAGAAGACCUUGGUCAACAAAUAUGCUACACUGUAAACUGACUGGAAAUUGUCCAACAAACACACAGCCAAGACCAAAGACUUCACCUAUGCAUAUGUUUAGAGUUGAUACUGAGAUAUCAAAACACAAGUGCUUUGAUGUAACUAGGCAAGAUGAGUAUCUUUGGGAAUAUAUUGCUGACCAAGAAGCCCUACUGACUCUGGAAAAAGAAUUACAAAGUUAUACAGGUCCUGAAAAAUGUUACAGCUUAACUUCUGAAGAUGUAAGGUCCUCCAGCAGGCACUCAGAGAAGAUAUGUAGAAAUACUGCAGAUUUCCAUAAAAACCAGGAGCUAAAAGACCACGGCAGAGUUGAUACUCUCAGGUGCUGGGAUGAAAGCCAAAUGGAUGAGGAGGAAGAAAUUUUGGAGGAUAAACAACAGGUUCUUGCAUUGCAGUGA